GAGAGAGAGAGAGAGAGAGAGAGAGAGAGAGAGAGAGAGGAUGAUAACAUCGGACGACCUGUACAAGGUGAUGUGCGCCAUGGCCCCUCUCUACUUCGCGAUGCUGGUCGCCUACGCGUCGGUCAAGUGGUGGAAGAUCUUCACACCCGCCCAGUGCUCCGGCAUCAACCGCUUCGUCGCGGUCUUCGCCGUCCCCGUCCUCUCCUUCCACUUCAUAUCCCAGAACAACCCUUACGAGAUGGACACCCGAUUCAUCGCUGCCGACACCCUCUCGAAGGUCCUCGUGCUCGCUUCUUUCUCCGCUUGGACCGCCUUCUUCAGCGGCAGCUUAGAGUGGCUCAUAACCCUGUUCUCGGUCGCCACUUUGCCCAACACUCUGGUCAUGGGCAUACCUCUGUUGAAGGCCAUGUAUGGAGACUUCACUCAGAGCCUCAUGGUCCAAGUUGUCGUGCUUCAGUGCAUUAUCUGGUACACUCUUCUUCUCUUCCUAUUCGAAUAUAGAGCCGCCACCCAACUCAUCCGAGACCAGUUUCCGGGCCCGACCGCAGCCUCCAUAGCCAAGAUUGAGCUCGACGGGGAUGUCAUAUCGCUCGACGGUCGGGACCCAAUAUGCACCGAGUCCGAAGUCGAUAACAACGGGCGGAUCCGAGUCCGCAUCCGACGGUCCACCUCGUCCGCCCCGGACUCCGCCUUAUCUUCCACCAUUGGCAUCACCCCGAGAGCGUCCAAUCUGUCCAACGUGGAGAUCUUCUCAAUAAACACUCCUGGACCUCUCCAUGAGUAUCACCAUGCAGGCGCGGACAUCUCAUUUGGAAUCGGGGACCUAGCCUUCGGGUACCGCUCCGCCAGCCCUCGGCUAUCCGGGUACGCUUCAUCGGACGCAUACUCGCUCCAGCCGACUCCGCGCGCCUCGAACUUCAACGAGUUAGACACCAUCUCCGUGACAACAGCCACUACACCGGUGUGGGUCAAGUCGCCGAUUUCGGGGAAGGUUUUCAAUAAACCGGCGUCACCGGUGCUUUCCGGCAUAACAGAGAAAGAGAUAAGCUUCAGGGAAUGCACAGUAACUUCUGGGGCAGAGCCACCUGAUAAGAAGCAAGAGGCAACAGCAGCAGCAACCCCACAAGAAAUGCCAAACGCCUUGGUCAUGAUGAAGCUCAUCCUCACGGUCGUGGGAAGAAAGCUCUGUCGCAACCCCAACACGUACUCCAGCAUUCUGGGGCUCCUUUGGUCUCUCAUCUCGUUCAAAUGGAAUGUGGGGAUGCCCAGCUUGGUGAAAUAUUCAAUAAAGAUCAUAUCAGAUGCUGGUCUUGGGAUGGCAAUGUUCAGCUUAGGACUGUUCAUGGCCCUCCAGCCCCGGAUCAUCGCCUGCGGCACCAAGAUGGCGACGAUCUCGAUGGCGAUCCGCUUCAUCUCCGGGCCUCUGGUCAUGUCGGCCGCGUCCCUCGCGGUCAGGUUGAGAGGAGCGCGGCUUCACGCGGCCAUAGUGCAGGCUGCUCUUCCACAAGGGAUUGUCCCAUUUGUAUUUGCUAGGGAAUAUGGGGUGCAUCCAGAUAUUCUUAGCACAGGGGUAAUAUUUGGGAUGUUGGUUUCUUUGCCAGUGACCCUCCUUUAUUACAUAAUUCUAGGCCUAUGAAUAGGAGAAAUGUAGAUCGUGUCAAAGAAAGCCUAGUUAGAAGAAUAUUAUUAAAUUUUCUUCGAGCGCUUUUCUUCUCUUUUUUUUUUUUUUUAGUUUAAUUUUGUGAUAUCCGUGAAUCCUAUGACAUCAUAUUUACCACCUUUCCUUUUAAAUUAGAACAACUGAUCUUA